UCAGAUUUCCGAUUCCGGACCUCAACCCCCUCUUAAAAACUUCGACAACUGAUUUGAAAUUCAAAAAUAUACUAGCCGUUGCGCUCCUCUCCUUCCUUCCUAUGUAAACCUAUCCUCUCUCAAAUACCCUAAAUGUCUCUCUCUCUCUCUCAAAAUCGAGAUUCUAGAAUGGCAGAUACCGCUGUAGCCUCGUCAGUUCCAAAAAAAUCAAGAAACAACAGGAAAGCUUUGAAACAGAAGAACCCAUCAACAAAUGAAUCCAAUAUAAUGGCUCAAAAGCUCUCUGAGACAUCUACUGCCACCGUUUUAUCUCCAUUGGAUGCUGAUCCUUCAAAAGAAAACCAUGCGAGUCAUUCUCAACCUCGGUCUUCACCCAAGAAAGGGAAAUCCAAGGCCGCGAAAGCGAAGCAGAAUAAAGAGGCUUCGGCUUCUUUGUUUGAGAAAGAUUUUCAAGAAAUGCAAGAAAUGUUGCAGCAGUUAAAGCUUGAGAAAGAGAAGACCGAGGUUUUGUUGAAGGAGAAAGAUGACAUGUUGAAGGCUAAAGAUGAGGAGAUUGAAAUGAAAGGUAAAGAACAGCAGAAGAUGAAGAUGGAGUUGAAGAAGUUGCAGAAGUUGAAGGAAUUCAAGCCCACCAUGACUCUCCCAUUUGUUCAAGCAAUGAAUGACAAGGAGCAAGACAAGAAGAAAAAGAAGGGUGGCAAUGAAAUCAAAAGGCCAUGCCCACCUUACUCACUUUGGUGCAAAGCUCAAUGGAAUGAGGUAAAAAAAGAAAACCCAGGUGCAGAGUUUAAGGAUAUCUCUAACAUUUUGGGGGCAAAGUGGAAGACCAUUACUGCAGAGGAGAAGAAGCCUUAUGAGGAGAAGUAUCAGGCUGAAAAGGAAGCCUAUCUGAAAGUAAUGACAAAGGAGAAGCGCGAGAGUGAAGCAAUGAAGCUUUUGGAAGAGGAGCAGAAGCAGAAGACUGCUAUGGAAUUGCUUGAGCAAUACCUCCAGUUCAAGCAGGAAGCAGAUCAGGAAGAGAACAGCAAGAAGACCAAGAAAGAAAAGGAUCCAUUGAAACCAAAGCAGCCAUUGUCUGCGUUUUUCCUGUUCUGUAAUGAGAGAAGAGCCGCUCUCCUUGCAGAGAACAAGAGUGUUCUGGAGGUGGCGAAGAUUGCUGGUGAAGAAUGGAAGAAUAUGACAGAAAAACAAAGGGGGCCUUAUAAAGAGGUUGCAAAGAAGAACAGGGAAAAGUAUAUGCAAGAAAUGGAGGCUUACAAGCAGACAAAGGAUGAAGAAGCUAUGAAUCUCAAGAAAGAAGAGGAAGAACUGGUGAAAGUCCAGAAACAGGAAGCAUGGCAGUUGCUUAAGAAGAAAGAGAAAACUGAAAACAUUAUCAAGAAAACCAAAGAGCAACGCCAGAAGAAGCAGCAGCAGAAUGUUGACCCUAACAAGCCUAAGAAGCCUGCAUCUUCAUUCCUUCUUUUCAGCAAAGAAACCAGGAAAAGUUUAAUGGACGAGCGCCCUGGAAUCAAUAAUUCCACCCUGACUGCAAUGAUUUCUGUGAAGUGGAAGGAACUUAAUGAAGAAGAGAGGCAAAUCUGGAACUCCAAAGCAGCUGAAGCCAUGGAAGCAUACAAGAAGGAACUGGAGGAGCAAAGUUAUUGUUUUCUACGCAGCAAAGAAACCAGGAAAAGUUUAAUGGACGAGCGCCCUGGAAUCAAUAAUUCCACCCUGACUGCAAUGAUUUCUGUGAAGUGGAAGGAACUUAAUGAAGAAGAGAGGCAAAUCUGGAACUCCAAAGCAGCUGAAGCCAUGGAAGCAUACAAGAAGGAACUGGAGGAGUACAGCAAAUCUUUAGCAGCUGCAACUUCAAAUGACAAACAACAGCAGUAGUGGAAGGCUUGUUCCAUCUAAUAGAUGCUAACUCUUUUAGUCGAUGAUGUUCAAGUGUCUGGUGGUUGAACAUCAUUUUCUCUAGUUGUCGUUGAACUAGGCUAUCGUUUUUAGGUUUGGUGUGGGGCUGCUGCCUAUAUCAGGCUUGGCGUAAUCUUUCAGGGCGGGGGUUGUUUUCAUUUUGCAAUUGGUCGCAAGUUAUGAUCGAAUCGAAAUGUUAUUUUAAAACUUGUAGACGACGACCUUUUUCACUUC